GGAGCAGGGCCCACGCCAGCUGCACGUUGCACACGUGCAGUGCCCAGCACUCGGGCAAUGCCUGGCACACACAGUGCCCCCCCCACGUGCAAUGCCUGGAACACGCGCGUGCCAUACCCAUAGCGUGCAGGUACGAUGCCGUGUGCACACACAAGCAGCACUCAUCGCCACUACGUGCAACAGCACCCAGUGCACAUCUGCAGUCAGCAUCCCAGUGCGAUAUGUGGUGUGGGUGCAUGCGAUGCUUUGCAUGGGUAUGCAAUGCUCAGCAUGGACAUGCAAUGCCCAGUGCAUACACACAGCCUUUGGCAGUCCCCGGAGCUGCUCUCCGACAUCCAGGACGGGUACAGCGUCUCAGGGCACCUGCUGGUCUGCUUCUCCUCAGGCUACUUCAUCCACGACAGCCUCGACAUCAUCUUCAACCAGCAGUCCCGCUCGUCCUGGGAGUACCUGGUGCACCACGCCAUGGCCAUCUCUGCCUUCGUCUCACUCAUCAUCACGGGCCGCUUCCUGGUGGCGGCGAUGCUUCUGCUGCUGGUGGAGGUGAGCAACAUCUUCCUCACCAUCCGCAUGCUGCUGAAGAUGAGCAACGUGCCUUCCCCGGCGCUCUACGAGGCCAACAAGUACGUCAACCUGGUGAUGUACUUCGCCUUCCGCCUGGCGCCCCAGGCGUACCUCACCUGGUACUUCGUGCGCUACGUGGAGGUGCAGGGCCAGGGCGCCUUCCUGAUGGCCAACCUCCUGCUGCUCGACGCCAUGAUCCUCAUGUACUUCUCCCGCCUCCUCCGCUCCGAUUUCUUCCCCUCCCUGCGUAAGGGAUCCGCGGGGAGAGACGUGGAUGGCGAGAAGUUCCUCAUUGACUGAGUGAGCCGCGCGCGCUGGGGACCGGGGCUCUCCGUACCUGCUCUAUGUGCCUUAGGGCUCGCUCCUCGGCCGCGGGCCCUGCGUUCACCCGCUCUGCUGCCUGUAAGCGCUACCCCGCUGGAACCAGCCCGACAGCCUCGCCGAGCCACGGGGGUGCCACCAAAGCUGGGGGCACAGCCAGCGGAGGAGCAGCCCAAGCCGGCUUCCACGCCAGCACGGCCAGGGGCGUCUGCGAGGGAAGGGCUGAGCCUCACCCGUGGCGGCGCUGGGUGUUCUGUGCAUUAAAUGGGUCUGGUUACUGCUGCCGCA